UGCCCUGUGCGUUGUGUUUGUGAAGCAUAAGCGCUCGGAAAGCUGUGAACAUCAUCGAUAGGUUAAGCUCCCCACCAGAGAAUGAUUAGUUAGUUUUCCUAGCUAGCUGCUUCGGACGUGGCUUUCGGUUCGCGGGAGAGCUUGCAACGAGUAUCGAGAUAACGCGCUUAUCUGUAUCCUUUACCCUGAAACCAUUCAUCCAGUACCGAUAAAUACGUCCGUUGGUAAACUGAUAACUCGUUGAUUACGAUCGAACGUAAGGGUGUGAAAAAGGUAAAAGAAGCGCGCUACCCUCAUUAGGUCCAUGUUUCGGUCGUCUUAUUUUUUCUCGCGAUGAAUUAGCGUUCUGGAGGCAGGACGUGAUCCGUUGCAGGACAUCAAAGUAACCACGAUCCAAAGCCCUUUUGCGCGGAAAGGAACCUCAGCCUCGUACGCAAGUGAAGGAGAAAGUACACACGCACCACCUAUACGGCUACAUUACGCCACAACGGUUUGAACAUUCGGCAACGUGCAAGCGAAAAGGCCACAAAAAUGCCUUCGAACGGUGGAACCAUCAACAAAGACUUACAGGCGGAGCGGGACAAGUGCACGUUCAACAAUGAAGAGUUCACCCUCUGGUGGGUCGGUGGCGAAACAAAGCUGAAAGAGAAGCGAUUCAGAGAGGACUUCUUUCUCAAUGAUCCCGAACUGCAGGAGAAAGUACCACUGCACUUCCUUUCCCACAAGGAGCUGUACGAGGAGUCGGUACGCAAGGCAACGGUUGCGUUCCGCAAGGUACGCAAGCUACAGGAAAUGGGACAGGACGGUGUGGACAACUACUCUGCCUUGUUAGGUGGACUUCUGGGUACGGGUAUCCUGAAACAGGGUAACCCACUAACGGUUCACUAUGUGAUGUUUCUGCCGGCUAUCCUCGGCCAUGGAACCCCGGAACAGCAGGCCGAGUGGUUUGGGCGUGCCUGGAACUGUGAAGUGAUUGGAACUUACGCACAAACCGAACUCGGUCACGGUACGUUCCUGCGCGGACUGGAAACGACGGCCACGUACGACGAGCGUACGAAGGAGUUCGUGCUUCACAGCCCCACACUAACGGCGUACAAAUGGUGGCCGGGAGGAUUGGGACAUACGGCAAACUAUUGCGUGGUAAUGGCGCAACUGUACUCCAAAGGAAACUGUCACGGCAUUCAACCGUUCAUUGUGCAACUCCGCGACGAAGAGACGCAUAUGCCGGUGAAAGGCAUCACGAUCGGUGAGAUCGGCAACAAGCUCGGCAUGAACGGCGUUAACAAUGGUUUUCUUGGGUUCGAUCAUGUGCGCAUCCCGCGCAAGAACAUGUUGAUGAAGAACGCCAAACUGCUCGAGGACGGUACGUUCGUGAAGCCACCGUCGCAGGCACUCACCUACGGCACGAUGAUGUUCGUGCGCGUCGUGAUAUGUCGCGAUAUGGCGGCCUACCUAUCCAAGGCGGUAACGAUCGCGGUUCGCUAUUCGGCCGUGCGCCGUCAGAGUCACAUCAAUCCGGAUCAACCGGAAGUGCAGGUGAUCGAUCACUUGACGCAACAGUACAAACUGUUCCCGGCCAUUGCUAAGAGUAUUAUCUUCAAGCUAACGUCGGACAACCUGUGGGAUAUGUACAACCAGGUGACGUCCGAGCUAGAUAAGGGUGAUCUUGAGCGUCUUCCGGAGUUGCAUGCGAUCGCUUGCUGUUUGAAGGCUGUUACGACGGCGGAUGCCGCCACCGGUGUGGAAGUGUGCCGACUGGCGUGCGGUGGCCAUGGCUACAUGACGUGUUCGAACUUCUACGGAACGUACGGCAUGGUUACGGCCGCUUGUACGUACGAGGGUGAAAAUACCGUCCUGCUGCUCCAGACCGCACGAUACUUGAUGAAGGCUUGGCAACAGGCCCUUCGUGGACAGGAAUUGGUACCGACCGUGCAGUAUCUGGGCCACUUUCUGAGCAGCAAAAACCGACGCAUCGAAUGGGACGAUUCGAUCGGUGGUAUCAUUCGAGCACUGCAAACUGUGGCCGCGGGCAAGUUGCGUCUAGCUGCGGAACAUAUUGAGCAGCGUCAGAAGCGCGGUGCCACGCUGGAGGAAGCAACUAAUCAAACCUCGAUCGAGCUGGCACGCACGGCCGACGCACACUGUCGAGCGUUCUUGGUACAGUCCGGGUACGAGAUGAUCGAAAAGGGUUGCGAAACGGUUUCGCCCGAGGCAGCCAAGGUGCUGCGUGCGAUUUACCACCUGUACGCGUACGACGAAGCACUUAAAGCGCUCGGAGAUUUGUUACGGUUCACCACGAUUUCCGAGAGCGACAUUAACCGGCUACAGGUAAAGCUGGAGGCGGCCCUUGCCGAGAUACGCCCGAACGCGGUCGGCAUUGUCGAUUCGUUCGACAUCCCUGAUGAUGUGCUGGGAUCACCGCUCGGUGCCUACGACGGCAACGUUUACGAGCGGCUGUACGAGGAAGCUAAAAAGAGCCCUCUGAAUCAGGAACCCGUCAAUCAAUCAUUCCACAUGUAUUUGAAACCGUUCAUGAAGUCAAGCCUGUAGUUCUUUCUAUAACAAAACAACCGGUGAUAGAUGCAAGUUUUGAUUGAAGUACUAUUUUACAACUACCACGGAAGGAGAAAUCCAGCUUUUAUAUAGAUUUUAUAUAUUUACCACAAUACCAAGGGGGACCGCAAACGGUGGCGUUUGCAUACUU